AUGGCUCUUGGACUUAGUCCGGUCUCAUUAGUGGUCACGGAACUUAGUUCAGCCCAACUCACGGAAGUACAAGAAGGAAACACAAAUUUUGCAGAACUCGCUGCGAUCCAUAAUUUUGGACGAAAUCGAGAUAUUGCUGACAAAAUUGGGAAACAAAUGGACCAGUAUUCAGGCUCGUCGAAACCCAUUAAACGCAUUAGUUACCGGGAAUUUAUUUCUUUCUGGUAUAACAGCGAAUUUACUCGUGACUAUUUAGCCAAGGCCCAAAAAACCCAAGAAAAAUUGGCCCAGGGCAUUAAGGGUUUGUCUCGCUCUGCGGCCCAAGAAGAAAAAGAAAUUUCUUCAUU